CAAAAACAUUCGCAAUAGCGGAGAGCGCCAGCCAGUCUCGUGGCCCUCCGCGGCCAGCGUUUGAACAUUGUUCAAUCAUGAGAUCUUCAUUGCAACGGGCAGCGUUGCCAUUUUUUUUCUUUUACCUCCCGGACCAUCAGGAUUCUUUCCAUGUGGUCGUGCGAGCAGAUGAUAAAAAUACCGGAGAUGAAGAAAACGUGAACCACCGCCGACCGUUUUACUACUGGAACAUAAAUUCCGUGCUGAACGAAGGGUAUCUCCCCGAAAAUUCCCGGGUCACGAUUGACGGGCGCAUUCCCGCCACAGACAGCGAAAGCGACCGCAUCAAUCUCGCGUUCCACGAAGACCCUGAGAACCAGUUCGGCCCGUGCUUUUUUCAAAACGAUACUUAUCAAAGUUGCGUCUCCAGCAACACCCUGCGUGCCUGCGGCUACCGAGACCCAGAGGUUCGAGCAGCAAAUGUCGAAACGAGACAAAGACCGCGAAGCAGGAGUGGAACGGCGGCCACGACAGGGGGCGACGUGAGCAAAGUACUAGACAGCGUUGAACCAUCUGGCACGGCGACCAGGAGCACGGCCGUGGUCCAGUGUCCGAUCGCGGCGGAAGAACUGCAAGAGGACGAUGGAACAUCAAACGAGAAUGCGAAGAACGCGAAAAAUCCUCUUCCCGUCCGGCCGCUUGUGGAAUGUUCCCGGGAGGAGUCGGAUCGGGCGGAGAAGCAGCUGUUUGAGAGCGACCGCGAGCAGUUCCGGAACGCCAAGUGCACGAAGCACUGGACCACCGAUCCGCACACGGGCGAGCCCGCGCAGCAGAUCCGGUGCGUGUACGAGGUGUACAGCAACGACACCAACUGGACCCCCGAGUCCUCCGCCGCAACCAUCGUGGACAGCGAGGGCAACCCUGUUUCCUCUUCCAAGCAGCUGCCGAGCGGAAAAAAGGUAAAAAAUCUUCCCUCGGAGCAAGACGAUGGAACUACAACGGCGCGGAACGAUAAGCCGACCAGCUGUCGUGCCAUUCCGCUGGAACUGUUGCAGUACGUCCCUAAGUGCUUCGAUUGGUCCAUUUCCGGCAGUGGGUGGGAGGAGCACGGGGAGCGGCAGCUGGCCUGGGAAUACGCGAGCAGUGGCCGGGUUCGGUCCGUUCUGGAGUUCGGCGGUGGUUCGGGCAGCGUCAGCGUGGUGCUGCAGGAGGGCAUGAAAACCUGGAACAGAAGGCUAAAAGAGCUGGAGAAAGCGACUAUAGUAGACCCGGCGGGUCGUCGCGUUGAAACGAGCUCACAAGAAGUCGCUUCACGCCUUGCCAAGCAGUUCCAGUCCACGCGGAGUUUUGGCGUCGCGACGGACACGAGGAUAGUGAACCAGCCUAAGCAUGUCACGUACGAAAAGCAGUACUCUGUCCCGCCGAAGACCUACCUCGCCCCCGUCGACCGGGAAAUUGAUCUGCGCAACCACAUUGUGAUCCAGCCCAACGCCGAGGCGCUGAACCGCACAGACUACGAGGGGCUGGAGAAUUUGAUGCUAGACGUAGAGGCCGACGCCCUCACGCGAAACCGCCGGCUGUGCAAUGCGCACUACCAAGUGGUUGACCAUUCGCUGAACCCCGUCGAGGCCGACGUGUGGAUUUUGCGAGGCAUGCUCACGGAACCCAUCGACUUCGUGAUGGCGGACUGCGAGGGCUGUUUGCUGGAGGAGUUUCGGAAAAACCCGAACCUCUUCGACUACGUGAAAACUAUCGUGGUGGAACGCGACGACACCCUGGAGAUGGCCUUCGCAACCAGCGGCAAAGCGGUCGCGCACAACAAAACGGGCCCGUACAACAUGCUCUUCGCCCAUUUGGGAAUGAGGAGAAAAAAGGUGCUGCACUUCGGCUGCGCGGGAGCUUGUGAUGUGGAAGCGUGGGAACGGGAAACGCUUUUCUGACAACGUCUUUUGUUUUCAGUGUGUAGCAAAAAAAAAGAAAAGCGAACUCUCUGUUUAGUAAAAGACACUCAUGCAGCAGCUCAUCCACUUGAGUGCUGGUGGCUAUGGAGCCUAGACAAAUGCGCCUUGAAAAUAUUUUUGUGUUUAUUUCUGAAGCAGAAAAAAGAACAUCACACGUCUGAGACCUGGAUUAAUCUUGUGCAUUUCUGUAGCACGAACACAAGCAAAAGAGUGCUCAAUUUAGGCAGAGAAAGCUAAUAUGAGUGUCCCUCCUCUGGAACGUACGCCUUACCGGGCAUGAAGCUCGUCGUACA